AUGGCUGAUCCCACGACCGACCUUGCAACCAGCCAGUAUAGGACUUCUGAUCCCUACGAGUGGGGCGUCACAUUCGAGUGGGCAGAUUACCUUCUAGCCUCCUCCUUUGUUCCUCUUAUCCUACUGGGCACGUUUGCUAACACCAAAACUUUUGUGUUGCUUCUCAUAAACCGUGGACAUGUUAAGUUGAACGCAUACGUGAUCCUCUCAGUAACCCUCUGUGUAAGUGACGCUCUGAUGCUCCUCUUCACGGGUCUCCCCACCGCAGUGUCCAUGUUUAAACUGAGGAGAGCUAUACCCCAUCCCUACUGCACCAUAUCCGGCUGGUUCCUCAACUUUAACAUCAGACUCUGCUCCUUCAUCACAACUUGUAUCUGCAGUAUGAGAUGCUUUGCAGUGCUCUGCCCCCUCCGCUCAAAGUCCCUCCUCGGAAGCAAAUCCCUAGUGCUAAUAGUGCUGACUUCAAGCACUCUUGCCUUUCUCAGCGCCUCUCUUCCUUUCUUCUUUUCUGACCCGGGCAAUUGGAACCGGGUGAAGUAUUACCAGUUUAACAGGGCGAUCGGGUACUGUUUCUUUAUUCUACCCAUCUCCUACACUGACAACUGGUUCCUGACCAUGUUAUUAAUAGAGGGUGUUUUCUUUGUCCCUUUUGCCAUCUCCAUAGUGACGUGCUGUGUCAUGAUACCUGUUCUUCGGAGUAAGGCUCAUCAUGGACCAAUAAACUGUGCUGAAGCUAGAACUCACAAGGCCAUUUGGUCCAUUUGCAGAAUAACCCUGUUUACGGUGGCUUGCUUCGCACCACAGCUCGUGUGGUCUAUUUUGGAUAAAGUGUGCGAUUUUUAUUCGUCAAACUGUUCUGAAGACAUACACGGCUCAGAUUAUUGCAGCAGGCACUGUGCAUCACUUACGAUAAGUACCUACCUCAACUACAGUUUAACCCAUCUCUUAAUGAACUUCUGUAGAGCCACCUUCAGCCCCUUCGUAUCCAGGCUGAGUAGCUACAUCAGCCAGUUAUCUGCUAACCACAGAAUGAAUGGAGCAGCUACUUUGCGUUCCCUUCAGUCAAGGUUCGCACAGAGGGUUAAUAAUGUGGGUAAAAUGGUAACGUCUCCAGUCCGGUUCGGGAUUCCAAAAGAUGACAUUUCGUUUCAAGUUUGUCAGGACACUGAAUUUUUGGCACUGAAAAGUCCUGAAGUUUGUUCAUGAAAUAACAUUCAUUUUUAACCUUUUAAUUGUUUUUGCUGGGAGGAUACAUGAUUUAUCCGUUUUAGUAAAUUGAUACUGUUCUGCUAACUUACCUG